UUGUGACCUCGCGGCUUCUUUCCUAGUAUGGAGAAAAUGGCGGCCCGCGGAAGCUUUCAGGCAGCACCAACUGGCGGCGUUGGUGGUAGUAUGGGUCCUGGGCCCCCGGUGACUGGUGGGGCACCUGGAAUGGGACCUGGAACCCCUGCUGGUCGGAUGGUACCGUCUUCGGGUGCACAGAAUCACCUUUACCGUUCCCCAAUGCCUGGCCCCGGAUACCCGAGACCCGGGAUGCCCCCCUCCAGCCGCAUGACCCCCCAGGGCCCGUCCAUGGGGCCCCCCGGGUACGGCGGCAGCCCCGUGUCCCGGCCCGGCAUGCCCGUUCUGGACCCGUCCCGAAAGAGGCCCGCCCCCCAGCAGAUCCAGCAGGUCCAGCAGCAGAGCCGCAACCAGCAUGCUAAGAAGAAGAAGAUGGCCGACAAAAUCCUACCUCAGAGGAUCAGAGAGCUGGUCCCGGAGUCUCAGGCCUACAUGGACCUGCUGGCGUUCGAGCGAAAGCUGGACCAGACCAUCAUGCGCAAGAGGCUGGACAUCCAGGAGGCUCUGAAACGACCCAUCAAGCAAAAAAGAAAGCUCCGUAUUUUUAUCUCCAACACUUUCAACCCUGCGAAGCCAGACGCGGAGGACGGAGAGGGCACUGUUGCAUCAUGGGAACUGCGUGUGGAGGGCCGGCUGCUGGAGGACACUGCCGUGUCCAAGUACGAGGCCACCAAACAGAAGAGGAAGUUUUCGUCCUUCUUCAAGUCGCUGGUGAUCGAGCUGGAGAAGGACCUGUACGGCCCUGACAAUCACCUGGUGGAGUGGCACAGGACCAGCACCACUCAGGAGACGGACGGGUUCCAGGUGAAGAGGCCGGGCGAUGUGUGCGUGCGCUGCACCGUGCUGCUUAUGCUGGACUACCAGCCCCCCCAGUUUAAGCUGGACCCCCGCCUGGCCCGCAUGCUGGGCAUCCACACGCAGACCCGGCCCGUGAUCAUCCAGGCCCUGUGGCAGUACGUCAAGACCCACAAGCUGCAGGACCCCCACGAGAGGGAGUUCAUCAACUGCGACAAGUACCUGCAGCAGAUUUUUGAGACCCACCGCAUGAAGUUCUCCGAGAUUCCACAGCGUUUGCACGCGCUGCUGAUGCCUCCUGAGCCAAUCAUCAUUAACCACAUCAUAAGCGUGGACCCUAACGACCAGAAGAAGACGGCCUGCUACGACAUCGACGUGGAGGUGGACGACACGCUCAAGACCCAGAUGAACUCCUUCCUGCUGUCCACCGCCAGCCAGCAGGAGAUCGCCGGCCUGGACAACAAGAUCCACGAGACGAUUGAGACCAUAAACCAGCUGAAGACGCAGAGGGAGUUCAUGCUGAGCUUCGCCCGAGACCCGCAGGGCUUCAUCAACGAUUGGCUGCAGUCACAGUGCAGGGACCUCAAGACCAUGACGGAUGUGGUGGGGAACCCGGAGGAAGAGAGGAGGGCGGAGUUCUACUUCCAGCCCUGGGCCCAGGAGGCCGUCUGCCGGUACUUCUACUCUAAGGUGCAGCAGAGACGACAGGAGCUGGAGCAGGCCCUGGGGAUCCGAAACACAUAGAGCUCCGCCGCCCGCACCUCCAGCCAGAGGCUCGGGGGGGGGGGGAAGAGGAUUAACCAUGCACCCAUCCACCCCGGGACUUCCUGUUUUCCCUUCUUAAAAAAAAAACAAAAAAACCUCACUCAGAUUUAUAAACUUCCGCCGGCGUAUGAAAACAAACGCUGCCGUGUCAUCGUAGACCCGGCCGGUGCAGCUGUUUGAGGCCACUCCAUUACACGUUUCACUGCCCAAAACAAAUAGAGAGAGAGAGAGAGAGAGAGAUGUAGUUCUUCACUUCUCCUCAGAGACUCAGUCCAGCUGUUGUCUUUAUCCCGUAACCUAGCAACAGACUGAAGGGUUGGAGCGCUACACUUCCAACAUGACGCUCCUUCCAUCACUUCUGAGGAUGGUGGUGAUGGUCAUAGGUGUAGUACUUGUCCUGGAGAGGGGGAGUGAGAGAGAGAGAGAGAGGUGUAAAGAAAUGGUAUGGAACCCACACCUCUUGUGUUGAUGUUUUCUCUGCCCAUUUUCAAUGAUGGAAAGUGAUUUAGAGUCACUUACUUUACUCCCCAAUCUAAGGCAGCCACACAGUAUGGAAUCCUUAAAUUAUAGUCUCACAGCAGAAGCUGCUGCAGCAUAUCCUGUGACUUUGUAGUGAAGCUGACUUUUAUGUUGUGCCUUCUUUUAAAGUAUAUAUCCCUUCGAUCUGCAUCAUGGCUGCAGGGGGUGGAAAUUGACUUAAACAGAGUGGCUGUCAUCUUCAUCCUCAAAAUAUCGGUUUGUCUUUUUUCCUGAGUGUGUGGAACAGUUAUCAAACACUGAAAAUGGGUAAAGGAAAGCAGCUUCGUUCAUUUUGUGUGCCACUGUAGGCUCGUGUUGAAUGGACCGUUUUCAUUGUUGUAGCCGAUUUUAAUUUUUUUUCCUCCUAUGUUUACGUGUUUUGUCCAGGGGCUGUUUUCAGGUCAUGCCUCGGAAUUCUGACUAGUCUCGCUAGCUAGCAGUGUAUGAAAAUAUAAAUAUAAAUUAGUACAUUUAUAUCGUAGGAUGUAGUACCUGAGAUGUCCAUUUGACAGCAAGUGGAAAUUCGGACUGGGACAAUGGUGUUGAUUGACGUGGAAUUCCCGGGACCGCGUGUCCUCAGAUCUAUGUUCAGCAAAAACAUCAGAACUGUUCUCAUGAAUUCAUUCAGUGAACCCAGUGGUUACUUUGGGAACACGAUGCAAAUCUUGGAACUGGUUGUACUAAUCUCAUUUAUCUGUGGCACUGAUGCGAAGGACAGGAUGUUCCGAGUUUUUUGAACGAAAGAGAUAUUCCUGUCUUCGUAUGAAAUGCGUAAAAGCCAUAAGGUCUUGGUGAGGCAUAAGGUCAUUGAAGUCGUAAAUUGUGACACAUUUAAGAUCAUAUUCUGGGUUUUUAGCCAGCUCUAGAUAGAACAGUAGAGAUGAAUUUCAUGUUGUAUUUGAUUUCCUUGUAUUUGGCCCAUUUUCCUCAGCCUCUUCCUAAUGGGUUUUAUUAGGCUAACUGUUUCUGUUCACUAGUCAGAGACGAGGGUUUAGUUAAGAUUUUUCCCUAUGACAUUUUAUGGACCAAAUAUUUGUGUUCGUUAUUAAUUUACUCCGUGUUUACCCCAAAUUUUAAUAAAGACCACCCUUAAGUUGA